GUGAGUAAUGCGAGUCAUAUGACCAGGCCGCGGAGCAAGUGGGUCUCGCGGAGCGCGGUGUGCGCGAGGUCGGGUCGGUAAACGCGCUGUUUGUGUGUGAAUGCGGGGAGCCGCGGCUCCGCCAUGCCGCCCACGCUCUUCCAGAAACUCUUCAACAAGCGGGGCCCGCUCUCUCCGCCGCCCCGGAGCAGCACGGAGGACCCCGCGCUCAGCAGCUGGCCCUCCUCUGAGCUAGAGCUUGGCCAGAUCCGCCUUAUUGUCUACCAGGACUGCGAGAGACGGGGCCGAAAUGUCCUCUUUGACUCAAACAGCAAGAAGAAGAGUGCAGAAGAUGCUUCUGUCACGAAGAUGUGCGGACAGUCGCAGGCCAAGAUGUUUGGGAAGUGCUGUCAGUUGAGGCCGUUGGGAGGCAGCUCCAGCUCCCUGGACAGCAGCUCUUCCUGUGCCUCCGAGCCCAGAGAACACAACCGCUUCCAGGGUACACCACACUGCUCCUCAGACGCCAACAUGCUAGGGGAGAUGAUGUUCGGAUCUGUUGCCAUGAGCUAUAAAGGCUCCACACUGAAAAUUCAUCAGAUCCGAUCACCCCCACAGCUAAUGCUAAGUAAAGUUUUUACUGCACGGACGGGCAGCAGCGUCUACGGCAGCCUUAACACUCUGCAAGACAGUUUGGAGUUCAUCAGUCAGGACUCCAACACGCUCAGGCCGGACCAGGGCACUGUGGUUAACGGCUUCCUGGGAAACAUCGGUUUCUCUCAGCUCUGCAGCCCUCGCCGGGCCUUCUCUGAGCAGGGCCCGCUCCGUCUCAUCAAGAGUGCCUCUUUCUUUUCAGGCCACAGUAACCCCAUGGACAUGCCUGGCCGGGGACUGUAUGACGAGAGGGACAGCGGGAUUGCUCGAUCAGCGUCUCUGAGCAGUCUGCUGAUCACACCAUUCCCAUCUCCAGGCUCCUCCCUCACAAGUAGCUGUGCCAGUAGCUAUCAGCGGCGCUGGUUACGAAGCCAGACCACAAGCUUGGAGAAUGGAGUCUUUCCCCGAUGGUCUGUGGAAGAGAGUUUUAACAUGUCAGAUGAGAACAGCGGGCCAAGCCUUGGCAUAACGAGGAAGAAGAAGAUAGCCAUUGGCGUCAUCUUUCUUCUCUCACCUAAUGAAGAGGAGAAUAGCAAGUUCCAGGACUUCUUCUUUUCUCAUUUUCCUCUCUUUGAGAGCCACAUGAACAAACUCAAGAGUGCUAUUGAACAGGCAAUGAAGAUGAGCCGACGGUCAGCUGAUGUUAGUCAGAGGGUCUUGGCUCACAGCCGCAUUGUGGAUGGCCUCAAUGAAUUCAGGACCACCAUCUGCAACUUGUACACCAUGCCCCGUGUAACUGAGCCUGUCUGGCUCACUAUGAUGUCUGGAGCCCCAGAGAAGAACCAGUUCUGUGGACAGUUCAUACGCGAGCUUGCUUUUCUCAUGGAGCAAGCCUCCAAAAACCAGUUUCUUCCAGCUCUUCUUACUGCUGUCCUUACCAACCACCUGGCCUGGGUGCCUACUGUAAUGCCCAAUGGCCAGCCACCCAUUAAGAUCUUUCUAGAAAAGCAUUCCUCUCAAAGUGUGGACAUGCUUGCCAAGACGCAUCCUUACAACCCUCUUUGGGCUCAGCUUGGUGAUCUGUAUGGUGCGAUCGGUUCACCUGUGCGUCUGGCUCGCACUGUGGUGGUGGGCCGACGGCAAGAACUUGUCCAGCGUCUGCUCUACAUACUCACUUACUUCAUCCGAUGCUCUGAACUGCUGGAGACCCACCUCCUAGAGAGCGCAGAAGAUGAGGCCAUAGUCAUGCCUGGCUCACUCAUCACCACUUCCUUACGCCGUGGUGAGGUGGAGGAAUCUGAUUACGUACUGGUCACCAUGCACAAGCCCAACCACGACUAUCUGUCCCAAGGUGCUGAGGCAGAAGAUGGCUAUCCUUCAGAUAGCAACAGCCUGCAAAGCAGCACCUACACAGACACAGAACUGGGCCUUGGGGUUCCAGAGGACCAGCUGCCCGAGCAGCGACUGCAGCACGUAAUACCAGUCAUCAGGGCGGAAGAUCACAGCGAUGGUCCAACCUUCCGGGAGGUGGGCAGUCCGAGGCCAGAUGCACGACUGGAGACUAUGGUGAAGGUUGGUUCUACCUCUCCCAGGGAGAGUGGCCCUUUUGUGGACAUAGAAGGACAGUCAGAGAAGCCUGAUGUAGAGGUUAGUAGCUUGUCUAUAAAGAUGUUUCGGUCAUCCGGAAUCCCACUGGAGAAGAAGCCUCCAGACAAGAGUUUGGCAUCCACCUCUUUUCUCCUGGACGAGGAAGAAGAGCCUGCUGCCAAAGUCACUUUCCUCAUUGGUGACUCCAUGUCACCUGAAUCUGACAUGGAGAGCAGGCAAGGUAAAGUAGAGGAGGAGUUCAAUAGACACAGAAAUAGGCACUUCGAUGAGGAACAACAGCAACCUUGUAGAAGUGUGCAGCAGGGCAGAGCCAAAGCCCUUCUGUCUAAGCCCUUGUCAACAGACCAGAUCAGGAACAACAAGAGCAAGGAGGCCAAACCCUUUGCACGUAUUGCUGGUGAUAUCCCUCACAUUAGUCCUGAGACCCAGGAGGAUUGUAUGGACCUGUUUGAUGAGUACUUUAGUGAGGAGAACCCUGUGGAAACUAUGACUAUCGACGAUGUGUCCGUCAAAGCGCUCGAGACUGCAGCAAACGGUGUGGACAAACUCCAUAAGUGUGGACAAACUUCAUCUCGAGUGGGAUCACUAGUUGGGACACAUGAACAGGUCUGUGUACAAAGGGAGGGGGGCCAGUGUAAGUGUAGCACAAGCAGCACCACCACCAUAGGGGGCUAUACAUCUUGCUAUUUUGCUGAGCAGGACAAAAGCAUUGGGAUUUCGUUAAGCGUACCAUCCCAAAGGGACAUAGGGGAACAAAAGAAGGUGCCCCCUUUAAAUGACUGGGAGAUUCCCCGAAACGAGAGCUCGGACAGUGCUUUGGGAGACAGCGAGAGUGAGGACGCAGGGCAGGAGCUGCCCCGGCAAGAACAAGAUGAACAGUUCUUUAGCGAGGAGCCAGCAGAAUGGCAGGAUGAGCUGGAGGUGCCUUUUCCUGGGGCAAAGCUAGUGGAAAAUUACUCAAAACCAAGUAUAGCCAACUUUGGUAGGUCCUUGUUUGGUGGUUACUGUCCUACUUAUGUCCCUGAUUUUGUUCUGCACGGGAUACCCAAUGAUGACAAGCUGAGGCAGAGCCUUGUGUCUGAUUUGUCUCAUGCUGUUCAGCACCCUGUGUUGGAUGAGCCUAUUGCUGAGGCCGUCUGCAUUAUCGCAGACACCGACAGGUGGACCGUGCAGGUGGCUAGCAGUCAGAGACGGGCUACAGAAAACAAGCUGGGAAAGGAAGUGCUUGUGUCCAAUCUUGUGUCCAACCUGCUCCAGUCGACAUACCAGCUAUACCGCCUGAAUCUUUCCCCUAAUUUUUGUAUAAUGCAUCUAGAGGACCGUCUGCAGGAGCUCUACUUCAAGAGUAAAAUGCUGGCUGAAUACCUGAAAGGACAGACCCGUGUGCACGUCAAGGAGCUGGGCAUGGUUUUAGGGAUUGAGUCCAGUGACCUGCCCCUACUGGCUGCCAUUGCGAGUACGCACUCACCAUAUGUGGCUCAGAUCCUGCUUUAGAUGCCAUCAGGACCGAUAAGGACACAUCACAGCUUUACCAGCAGGGACCAUACGUUCCAUGUUUAAUGGGCCUGGGCUGUCCCACAGUGGACAUAUCAGACACCCAUAUUGGGUUGCUGUCAGAGCUGGUCCAUAGCAACUGCCUUAGGGAACAACAGGUUGCAGGACAGAUUCCCUGCAACACGGGGGCUCCAGAGCCCAGAGCUUCCUGUUGCUGUUUUCAGGAGGUUGUGGUAUCUGAUUACCCAGGAGCUAUCGGUCAAUGAUGUAGGGAAUGUUUAAGGUUUUAAAGCGUUUUAAAGACAGUGGACUGUAUCAGACUGUACUAUAUAUACAUAUAUGCACCACCUACAAAUCACACAUAGGAAGCUGAAGCUUUGUCAUGUGGAUUACUCAUGUGAUCAGUUGUUGUGUUAAUUACCCCUCUUACCCUCCUCUCCCACCACUCUCUCUUUUCUAAAGUUCCCUUAUGAUGACUGAUGCUCAUGCCAGAAAUAUUUUUCUAAUCAUUUUCUAUUUGUUUACACCAUAUUAAUUCCAGUGUAUGGCUGAAGUCUGUCAGAAAAUAAACUGUGCAUCCAGUUUGCCCUUUAUAUAUAUAUAUAUAUAUAAGUAAACCUUUACUUGUCCCAUUGGCACAGCGCUACCUCAAACAACUAAUUAUGGGUAAUUUGCUUAUAUAAUGAUUGUUGUUAAUUGCAAUAAUUAUUAAUAUAUAUAUAUAUAUAUAUAUAUAUAUAUAUAUUAUUUUACCUGGCUAAAAGAAGUGCUGUGCUAAAAAGGGACGCUUAUAUUGCAGAAUUUGAUAUUUUUAAAUGUACAUGCAAUGGACUUUCUAUAGCUUAUAGGCCACUAUACUGUGUUUACUGCUCAAAUGCAUUUAUAAAUGCACGGGGGCUGAAAAUCUGUCAAUCAGUGCUUAAAUAGCUUAAAAAAUUUCCACACAGGAAUGAGAUGAAUGAACAAAGGUAUCGAACAAGUAUUUUUUUUACUCAUUUUUAAAAUGCGCUGUUAAAUAGGCCUGUUGCAUAUGAUACAUCUUUUUUUUAUGUUUUUCUUGGGGUAAUGCCAUGCAUCUGAGUCUUAAUGGACAUGUGGCAUGGACAGAUCAGAGGCUUUCGCAGAGUUUAUUUUGCCGGUUGAAAUAGAAUGAUAUGCUAGGCUUCUGCAGGAAGUUUGUCCGUACGUCCUCACACGUUGUCUUCUCAAACAUGUAUUUAUAUCAGAUUAUUUCUUUAUACACUAUUACAGUUAAAUUAUUUAGUACAGCAUGUGUUGGUUCAUGUUUAUUGUGUAUAUAUUGCUUAGUUUUUUUGUUUUUCUCCUAUGUAUUUGUACAUAUCUUUCAUUGUGACUCUUUUACUCUUUCCCAAUUUUAUGGGAAUAUUGUGCAAUAAAUGUCAAUGUUAUACAUUUA